AUGAGGCCCACUUUUUUGGACCGGCGAAGCGACGGGGCGGCUGCUACUGGACAACGGGCGACGAACAGCACCACCGUGCUGGCGUUGGGGCUGUCCUUCCCCAACGACGUGGCGCUGAGCGCAGACGGGGCGCACGUCGUGGUGGCUGAGACCACACGGUGCCUGCUGCUUCACCACUGGCUGUGCGGCCCCGCCGCCGGUACCACCGAGCCCUUCGCGGACCUACCGGGGUACCCGGACAACGUGCGCUGUGCCACCGACGCCGGCGACGAUGCCGGUGGGUACCACAACUGGGUGGCGCUGAACCGGGACAAGUCGUGGCUGGCGAACGGGACGACGCCUAGGUCGGUGGCUGCCGUCAGGGUCCACGGAGAGACUGGUGCCGUCACCAAGGCGCUGCGCGGGCUCGGGAACACCACGAUCAGUGAGGUGGUGGAGCGGGCCGGUGGCGCUCUGCCUUGGCUCCUCCACGCCCCCCCCAUGCGUGUGGUUGCCUACUUUCAUUCAUCUCGCUUCCCCGAACCCCCAUCCCGAGUGCCACACUCGCCUUGCCUCGCAUCGCAGUCGUGA